AUGAUUUCAUAUUUGACUUGGUUAUGUAGUGGGAUAGAUAAUCAAGCAUAUUACGAUUCUGUGAAUCCUCGUCUUGGUAUCUUAGGAGAACAAAUCUCUUCACUUCUUUCGACUUUUAGUGGAAUAAAAUUAUUGUCUCAAGUAUCUAACCAAGAGAGGUCCAAUUUAGGGCAUCACGGUGGUUCUGAGGAUCAAGUAUUGGCUAUCAGCGGAUAUGACGAUUCGGAUGAUCAUAUCAACAACAUAUUUGACCGCUCUCUACUUCACCAGGAACGUGGUGGCACUUCCGAUUCCUCAGUUGGAGAGACACUCAAAAAUAUGGCAGAGCUUCAAAUGAACCUUGAUAAAGACCAAAAGCUCGAAUAUACUGCGGGCAAUUUGAACUAUGACCUAUCAAUGCAAGGAGACAUGUCUGAUGACACGAUCACAGAAGCCACUAACUUGAAGCUCUUGCGGAGGGAAGAAAGUACUGCGUCUGAUAUAUGGGUCAAAUGGCAUAACUUUCAUAGAAAAAAGUUUGCUGCACCUGAUUUAAGUUGGGAUCCAGAAUUGGCAAAUAGAGCUCAAAAGUUUACAAAUCGAUGUAACUUUGAACAUUCGAAACCAGAAAGAAAUGGACCACAUUAUGGAGAGAACUUGUUUGCUGGUGCUUCUGACAUUCGAGGGAUCGUGGACGCAUGGGUGAAUGGGCCAAAUGAAGCAGGAUCAUACAAUCCAGGUGCACCGAGUUAUUCACAUUUCACACAGGUUGUAUGGCGUGAAACAACUCAAGUUGGAUGUGCUAUCAGUGCAUGUGAUGAUGUAGGACACUUUUCAGGUUCAAAAGUAUACCAGAAGAUGGGAAAGAAAGCUUCAAUAGUGGCAUGUGUUUAUUUUCCGUAA